CUCCCCCCCCCCCCCCUUCUCCCCCCUCUCUGCAGUCAGACGAUGGGAUGUCACGUGUGUCUGAACAAACUGUGUUAACUGAAGGAAACUGAAGCGUCUCUGACAGCCGGAGUGGGACGAGUCAAGCAAUCAGAGUCACUGAAGGUCGCUGAAGGCUAAGAGGUCAGAGGUCAUCAUGCAGAGUAUAAAGUGUGUGGUUGUGGGUGACGGUGCUGUGGGGAAGACCUGCCUCCUCAUCUCCUACACCACCGGAGCUUUUCCCAAAGAGUACAUCCCCACUGUGUUCGACAACUACAGCAGCCAGGUGACGGUGGACGGCAGGACCAUCAGUCUGAACCUGUGGGACACAGCAGGUCAGGAGGAGUACGAUCGGCUGAGGACGCUGUCCUACCCGCAGACCAACGUCUUCAUCAUCUGUUUCUCCAUCUCAAGCCCCGCCUCCUACGAGAACGUGAAGCACAAGUGGCAUCCAGAGGUGUGUCACCACUGUCCUGGCGUCCCCAUCCUCCUGGUCGGCACAAAGAGCGACCUCCGGAACGACGGCGAGACUCAGAGGAAGCUGAAGGAGCAGAACCAGACGCCCGUCAGCCACCAGCAGGGCGCUGCCCUCGCCCGCCAGAUCCACGCCUUGCGCUACCUGGAGUGUUCGGCCCUCAACCAGGACGGCAUCAAGGACGUGUUCUCCGAGGCCGUGCGGGCCUAUCUCAACCCGCAGCCCACCGUCCACAAGAGGCCCUGCGUCCUGCUGUAGGACCGCGCCUCGAACACCACAUCGGCGGGUUUCUGUGGCGCUGAUGCUGCGGUGUUACUGCCUGAGAGACUGUUCGGAAAAUCUAUGUUAAAAUGUGUUUUUUUUAUGUUUGGUUAGAAUUUUAUCUUUGAGAAUUAGAAAAGUAGUUUUGAGACGUCCAUUAAUUUAAAACAUUUCUAACGCUGCAGUAAGAACGAAUUAAAAUCAAAUGAAACUCA